AUGAGUCUCAUUGACGAUGCUUCGGUGAGCUCAUCAAGCAGCGAUGAUUUUGCAUCUUUUCUGGAUGCAGAGUUGGAUUCUGUCUCUGAUACAUCUCCUCAAUCAGAAAAAGAAGAAGAAGAACAAGAAGAUGAUGAUGAAGAUGAAGAUGAAGAUGAUGGCGACAACAAUGAUGGUGAUGAUGAUGAUGAUGAUGAUGAUGAUGAUGAUGAUGAGAAUUAUAAGUACCUUGAUGAAAGGACAAAGAGGAGGAAGAUUAGCGAAUCAGAAACUACCGAAGAACCCAAUGGUUCAACAUCUCAUACAGAACAAGAAAUCAUCUUAGAAUCAGUGAAGGAGGGAGCAUGCACACAUCCUGGUUUUAUUGGAGGAAUGUGCAUAAAGUGUGGAGAGAAAAGGGAUAGUGAUGAUCAGUCUGGUGUUGCAUUUGGGUAUAUACACAAGGAUCUUAGACUUGCUAAUGAUGAAAUUGAUCGAUUGCGUGAUAGAGAUAUGAAGAAUUUGUUACGCCACAAAAAGCUUUACUUGGUUCUUGAUUUAGAUCACACCUUACUAAACUCAACCAGGUUUUCUGAUAUAACUCAAGAAGAAGGAUACUUAUUGAACCAAAAUGAUCCCAUGCAAGAUGCACUGAAAGGUACUUUAUUCAAAUUACCCUCAAUGCACAUGGUAACAAAGUUGAGGCCUUAUGUCCACACUUUCUUAAAAGAAGCAAGCAAGUUGUUUGAAAUGUCUAUUUACACCAUGGGUGAGCGUUCUUAUGCAUUAGAAAUGGCAAAUCUUCUUGACCCUGGUAGGGUUUACUUUGACUCUAGAGUAAUUGCACAAGGUGAUUGCACCCAAAGACAUCAAAAAGGACUUGAUGUCGUUCUUGGGAAAGAAAGUGCUGUUUUGAUCCUUGAUGAUACAGAAGUGGUAUGGAAGCACAAGGAUAAUUUGAUUGUGAUGGAAAGAUAUCAUUUCUUUGCAUCAAGUUGUAGACAAUUUGGGUACAGAUCCAAAUCACUUUCUGAAUUAAGAAGUGAUGAAAGUGAUGUUGAUGGUGCUCUUGCUACUGUUCUUAAAGUGCUUAAACGAGUCCACACUAUGUUUCUUUGA